AUGGUAUGUUUGACCUUUACGAAUACAACAUUUAUUUCCAAUAUUCUAACCCAACUAACAAGCAUCCAAAGCACCGAUCACAUUAUAUUCAUGGCUUCUCAAUCGGGCUCUUUCUGGCAAUACUUAGCCGGUAUCUUUGCAAACUCUGCCACUGAUGAGGGGGAAAAAAAAGAACUGGAAGAGGAAGAGGAUGAUAUUUUUGAAAGGGAAGACACUUUAGAAGAGAAAGUAGAGAAAGAGGUUAGAAGGGUAUUUGACGAAAAUUAUAAUGAACCUCAAUUGGUAACUAAAAUACAAGAAGGGACCUGGCUAUUCAACGAUUAUUAUAAAUGUACUGUUUCAUCCAAUCCAAUACUCACCAAUAUAUGUCAUGACAUGAAGGCAUUAGGUGAGUUUGCAUUUAUUCCAAACGAUUCUCCCGCUGAACCUUCCGUACCCAACACUGACACAUCCUCCUCCACAAAGAGGAAACCGGUCCUUAUUAUCCGUGGACCCUAUGCUUCUCAAACACCAUCUUUGAUUAUGUUUGGACAGGAAAAUCAUCAACUCAACUCUGCAAACUUACAGCCUUUGGUGGAGAAGUAUGGAGGUAGCUCUAAAGUUCGUGAUGUCCUUUUGGCGGAAACAAGGCACCUUUCUCUAAAGAAGCUUGAAUGUGAGCCCAGUUACGAUGAGGAAAAUGAUCAGCCAAGUAUCCAUUAUGAUUUUUUUGAAGGUUACAUGGAUUUGAUCCCGCCCGUUUUUUUUAUUGGAUUUAAUCACUCCAGAAGCGAGUUUAUAUGUGCCAAUAUGAUUUAUAACAUUUAUUUCGACUUAAAGGAGGGACUUGGGGCUCCCACGGCACUAGAAGUCUCAAGAGUGGUAAAUAAAAUCGAUACCGAUAUUGUUUGGCAAUUGCACUCCUAUGACUACCACCAGGAAGGACAGGAAAGGUAUUUAUUGGUCGCAAUUAUUAUACUGGGAAGCAUCACAUUUAUGCUGAAUGCAAUCUUCACUAAUGACGCAAGAAAUUGCUUUGAGACUUUGCAAAAAUUUGAGUUCAUAGAAAACCCACAGGAAAAAAAUAUUUAUUUUAGGUUUGUAAGUAAGGAUGCUAAAUUAGAUCUGAUCAAAAUAGCCAGAAAAGGUGAUUCCAAGGAGAAUUGUGCUAUGCCGGAUGCGCAUAACUCAAGGGAUAGUUCGGUUUCUUCCAUUGAUACGAUACCGUCAUUUUAG